UACUACUAGGGAUUCAUUCUUUUGUAAACGUUCGAAGAAUUGUUUACGUAGUAUUCUCAUUUUUAUAGUUUGUUUCUUUCUCAAUGGACGAUAAGUUGAUCGUUUGUAUUACGUCCCUCUGUAUAUCGGAAAUUUAAACUUUUAUUUAUAGAAGGUAUAAAUACCCGCUGUUAUACAUUAAUGGUAGACAGUCUGACCACCCGGCCGCGAUCUAUAACACUCAUUGAGAGAAGUCAGAGAGAAAAAAAGGCCGAGAUAUUUUAAUAUUUUCUUAACUGGAACCAUUUUUUGUGUUACACCGUGCUGCUUUCUGUGAUCUGACCUCUGGUUAGGGAAAUCGAUCUUUCCUUUUUUUUUUUGCUCUACAUUAUGCAUUUAACAAAAAUGUGUUUUAAAUUCUUAAUGAGUAUGUGUCUUCUAAUUGGGACUAUGCGCCGUUCCUAUGGGUUAUCACUGCCUCUCCCAUUGGACAUGGAAGGAGAAUAUAUGGGUGAGGUAACCGUCAAUUUAAAAGAAGAUGGCGAGCGCUUGCGGCGUUCUGCAGAUGGCGUGUCCAUUCCCGCCAAAACAAUAGAGGUCACCUUCCCUUUCAAUAACGGACAAGUGGACCUUCAUUUAAAAAGAAUGGAUGAACUGUCAGCGAAUGUUCCUGUCUUUGCUGCCAAUGACAGAGGAGAGAUAGUGCGACAGUAUAUACAGGACAAAAGUAAUGUGUUUUUCUAUCAAGACGAAAGUAAAUUUGCCGCUUUUUACGUCGAAACCACAGACAACGCACUGUGCAUGUUUGGAAGUUUUGAAGAUAGAUCCAACGAAUAUUUUCUGGAACCAAAGGAGAAAAAUUGUAAUCCGGAAAGUUCUGGGGUGUUUAAAAUUCUGAUGGCCAAACACACAAAUAUCGCCUACAAUGAUAGCAUACCAAUUGAUAAAACACAGAGGCGAUAUAAAGCCACCCCGCCGGGGGCCCCUGUACCCGAAGCUCUUGUGAGGCGAAAAAGAGCCGUACCUGAGUACAAGAUAGAAACACUGUUGGUCGUGGAUUUCUCUGUGUAUAAUUACUGGUACACGCAAAGUACAAAGACGACUUCCGGUGAGAGGGAUGCGGAAGCAAAAGCCAACAUCCGGCAGUACUACGCCUGGGUCAUCAAUGGGAUGGAUGUACGAUACAAGAACAUACAGACCUCCUCAUACACAAUAUCCGUUGUUUUUGCUGGAAUCUAUAUAGCAGAUACACCUUCAAAAUCGACCUUCACGGAAAACAACAAAGAUUCUUCAGUACCUACACCUAAAGUUGAGGCCUCGACCGUUCUUAAUGACGUCACAAGCUGGGUUAACAGCAAUGCGGGGAGCCUUCCCAGCAACGAUCACGCAAUGAUGUUUUCAAGGUACGACUUCACGAGUUCAGGGUCCAGCAGUAACGCCGGCCUGGCCUGGGUCGGGGCGGUGUGUACUACCCAGAGUGUGUCCAUCGUGGAGGACCAUUUCAACUUCGUCAUCCUGACAGUAGCGGCUCAUGAACUCGGACACAGCCUGAGCGCCGAACACGAUGGUACAGGGAAUGCCUGUAGCAGCUCGGAUGCCUUUAUAAUGGCCGCAUCGUCCUCUAUAGUAGAUAACACGAAUCCUUGGAAAUUCUCAACUUGCUCAACGGGCUAUUUCACAGCCUACAUUUCGUCCUUAAACAGCGGGAGUAGCGGAAACUGUAUGACGACACUAAAUGCAGGAUUUGACCCGACAGCUUUAAACCAAUACACAAGUUUACCUGGCCAAGUGUAUGAUGCAGAUGCCAUGUGUAGACAUAUAGUAGGGCCAGCAUCUUCAUUUUGCAUGUUUCCUUAUAAAAACAAUUACACGUCCAUAUGUACCACUUUGUGGUGUCACAAAACAGACGGAAGUGGGCAGUGUGAGUCGGCCGCGGGGGCGGACGGUCUUCAGUGUGGAAACAGAAAGUGGUGUGUGUCGGGAGUAUGUACGGACGACGACUGUGCGCCCUCUGGGGACGAAUCGUGUUUAUAUGGUGACAGAAGUGGUGAAGUGAUAACUUUUAACAACGCUGGGAAAACCUGCUCACAGGUCUCCAACGAGCCGCACAUAUGCUACUUCGUCAGUGAUGAAUGUUGUCAAACCUGUGCCAAAUUUUACACCGGAAGACAAGGUUGUUUGUAUGGUGACCAAGCCUCGGGUUGUACCAGCGGCCACUGUGCAGCAAAUCAAGAUUUAUGUUGUGGAACCUGUUAUACUGGCACAACAGCAGUGCCAGUGACAACAACUGAGACACCAAAUUUGUGCAAAACAACAACAAUACUUUCUACUUCAACAAUUGCAACUUCUACUACAGAGCAACAAACAACUACAACAAUUUCACAACAACCAACAACCACAGUGCAAGUAACAACAACCUUAGAGCCAACAACAACUACCACUAUGCCAACAACAACUACAACCAUUCCAACAACAACUACCACAGAGCCCACAACAACUACCACAGAGCCCACAACAACUACCACAGAGCCCACAACAACUACCACAGAGCCCACAACAAGUACCACUAUUCCAACAACAACUACAACCAUUCCAACAACAACUACCACAGAUCCCACAACAACUACCACAGAGCCCACAACAACUACCACAGAGCCCACCACAACUACCACAGAGCCCACCACAACUACCACAGAGCCCACCACAACUACCACAGAGCCCACAACAACUACCACAGAGCCCACAACAACUACCACAGAGCCACCAUCAACUACCACUAUGCCAACAACAACUACAACCAUUCCAACUACAACUACCACAGAGCCCACAACAACUACCACAGAGCCCACAACAACUACAACCAUUCCAACAACAACUACCACAGAGCCCACAACAACUACCACUAUUCCAACAACAACUACCACUAUGCCAACAACAACUACAGCCAUUCCAACAACAACUACCACAGAGCCCACAACAACUACCACAGAGCCCACAACAACUGCCACAGAGCCCACAACAACUACCACAGAGCCCACAACAACUACCACAGAGCCCACAACAACUAAAACAGAGCCAACAACAACUACCACAGAGCCCACAACAACUACCACAGAGCCCAAAACAACUACCACAGAGCCCAUAACAACUACCAUAGAACCAACUACCACUACAUCAGAACAAACAACCACAACUACCAUUAUAACAACAACUACCACAGAACAAACAACAACUACCCCAGGACCAGUAACAGCCACAGUGCAAGAAACAACAACCUUACAGCCUGCAACAAGAACCAUGGAGCUCACUACAGCAGAAUCAUCAGCAACCACAGAACCAACAACAACAACCACAGUACCAACAACAACCACAGAUCCAACAACAACCACAGUACCAACAACAACCACAGAUCCAACAACAACCACAGUACCAACAACAACCACAGAUCCAACAACAACCACAGAACCAACAACAAGUACCAUUAAUACAGACACAACCUCUACAAAAUUAACAACACUAAGCAGAGAAUCAACAACUACCACCACGGAACCAAUAACUACCAAAGAAACUACAACAGAGCAAACAACAACUACUACAGAACCAACCACAACUAUCACAGAACCAACAACAACUACCAAUGAACCAUCAACAACCAUUACGUCCACUGCGUCAGUUACAACCACUGCAGCAAUAACCACUACCACCUUACCAUCAACCACUACAUCUACGGUUCCAGUUACGACAACUGCGACUGUUAUUGGAACUAAUGAGAUACGGUUCAUAUUUGUGAUCAGAUUAGUGAUUGUUAUCACAGAGGACCUGACAAUUAGUGCCCAGUACUCAAUUGUGAUGAUAAGGGCGGAAACUGCACUUACAGAACUUUAUCGGAGGAGACUCGGUAGUAGAUUCAAACGAUGCCGAGUCAAAAGAGUAAGAAGUGGAAGCUUGAUUGUUGAUUAUGAUGUAAUCACUGAUGAGGAACCUGCUUCGGCUUCGGAUGUCGUGUCUGUUGCCAAAGACCUCGUUUCCGGUACGGAGAAUGUGACGUAUGACGGACAAGCAGCACCGGUGUCGUCUGCAGCUUUUGUCGAUUCGUCGGGAACAAACGUAAAUAUAAGCAGCGCUACAACAGGUUGUGAAGUUUUGGAAUCCUCCAGUUCCUGUGGGUCAGGAUAUAAGUGUAUCGAGGGCAGUUCCGGCCCAUACUGUCGCAAAUCCGUCUCUGAAUACGAUACGCAAAUGCUGAUCAUAAUCGGUGCUGUAGUGGGGUCCGUUUGUCUCCUUGUCACAACAGCGGGGAUUUUGGUGCUAUGUAUUUGUAAAAACCAGAGGAAAGAAAAAGACAGGAGUCGAUAUGGCAUCGACAAUCCUGCUAUCACCCCGGACGACUUUCAUCAUAACGGGCGACUUCAUUAUGAGAAUGACAGCGACAUGGGCAGUCCGUUUUAUGGCAGACGAUGGUAUCCAGGGUAUAACGAAAUGGCGCCAAAUGGCACAUGGCACCAACAGCCAAUGAGCAACGUAAAAUACUCAAUACCGAGGCCAAAAUACUAGAGACAAUAAUUUUAUUGAUUAUAUUCAUCAUCAACGAAAUGAAUCUAAAGUCAUGCAAUUUUUCAUUCAAAUGCAUAAUAAGACUAAAAAAGUGCCAAAUUCUCUCACGGAUGAAUGUGUUUUUGUUGUGCAAUAUUAUAGCUCUUUAUUUGUAUCUUUUUGUACAAAUGCGUUUUAUAAAUAUCUUUUUAUAGCCUGUACAUGAAAAUAUAUAUAGUUUUUUAAAAAUGAAAGUACUCUAUAUUUUUUAUG